AUCCGACGGCUAGGAUAGAGCUGGGUGCUCAUAAAGCUCGCAAGUCAAAUCUUUGCCCCGGCGAGAAAAUGAGGGUUUUUCGGCGCCGUGGGGAGAAUCGCGCGGUGGAAUUCGAUGCCGCGAUCAGGUACCUAGCAGAUCGUUUCUCGCCUGCGCUGCGGCGAGGUCUCGUGGAUCUGGCGAUUGUUUAGGGCGGAAUUUCGGUCCAGGAGCUGGAUUCUGGUAGCUUCUGGUUCUAGAGUGGCAGGGAAUGGAUUUGGGAAGCUACAUUGAGGUGGCUUUGGGAUGGAAAUUUUGCGGCGUAAGAGCUCCCGGCGGCUGGAUUAUUUCUCGCGUAUGAACAUGACAGAAGGUCGUGGCCGUCACAAUGGAGCUCACUCCACUAAAAUUCUUGCUGCUGUUCUUGCUACUGGCUGUCGUGGGCUACGUUGUUUUCACUUGCACAGCACGUCUUGUUGCAUGGGUGGUGAGCAGAAUGAUCGGUGGCACUGUACGAUUCCGCAUUGCUGGAAUAAAUGGGAUCAAAGAAAUCUCCAUCGAUCUUCAUAAGGGACCGGUGGCUUAUCUCACUGUCAGCGAGCUCAAAGUUUCUGUGAAAAAGCCUCCGGGCACAACUGGCUGGAACAUCCUAUCUUGGAGCUCCAAACUCCAGUUGAUCAUUUCUGACGUUGAGGUGGUACUCAGAAAACACAAAAGUUCCCGACCGCGAGGAAAGAAAAGACACAGGCACAAUUCUACUGGUCGCGGAAUAUGGAUGGUGGUGACCAACGUUGCCAAGUACCUCAGCGUCUCAGUGAAUGAGAUAGCGGUCAAAACUGUGGAGACCGCGACGAUAACGCUGGAUGUUAAAGAGCUGGAAGUGGAUACUUUCCGGGACGAUGCUGCUGUUUUUUCUCUCGGAGUGAAAUUUUAUCUUGCACCAAUCGUUUUAUAUCUCGGUGAAGAUAAGCGAUUGACAGAUGCUCCUGGGAUUUUUCGACCACUGAGAAAGAUUGAAGCCAACGGAGACUUUUAUUUCUCGCUGGAGCAUCUCUCGGUGUCAGGAAUUAUAGAUCACGACAGAGAAGCAGGGAUGGUGAUCAAACAGUUGGAGGCAGGAUGCGGUGAGGCUAUACUUAACAUAAGUGCCGAGUCGAUGCCUCGAGGCCCUCUGGAAACUGUGUCGGAUACAGAUCCUCAGGAGAUUCCUCAUAUAGAAAAUCACGAGUCUCGAGAAAUACACCCCGAGUACGAAGCAAGAAUUUUGGCAAGAAAGGUCCCGGAGGCGAUCAACUUCAGUUUGCCCAAGUUCACUAUCGAAGCGAAAACUUCCUCCGAAUUAGCUUCAUUUAAGAACGAGAUUAAGGGUAUUUUUCUGCAUGGAAGCAGAUCCAGCCCACUCGAUAACGUGGGCGUUAUUUCGUUGCUUGACAUUGAAGUAGACUUGGGCGAGAUUCAUGUUUUUCAAGAUGAAGAAAGUUCCGUGCUCGAUAUCAUGAAGGUCUCUGUCAAUGUUUCUGUGGAAUUCCCUACGCAGUUGGUUCGGCCAUUGCGAGUGGAAGUAGAUGUGAAGCUGGGAGGGACGCAGGUCAACUUACAUAUGAGCAGAUACGACGAGUUUAUGCAGCUUAAGUCGUUUCGUCCUGUAAAGAAGAAGAGAAGGAGCUCCUCGACUGCGCCGACUCGGAAAAUGAGCAUAUCAUGGAGCUGUAGCAUUUCAGCUCCUGAGAUGGCGAUUUUCUUUUAUAGCCUCGAGCGAUGGGCCUUUAUGCACGUUUUUUCUCAAACUUCUCAUCUGUACAUCAACAUCAUACCAAGUCACGGUGUUGUUGUUCACGCUGAGCUGGGCGAGCUUUACCUCAACAGGAUUGAAAAAGGGAUGAGAGUUCCGACGGAGUUUCUGGUUGGUGUCGAAGGCGGUUCUGGCUGCGUUCUGCAUUUAUCCCGCAUAGCCGUUGACAGUGGUGUAGAAGGAGCAGGGGAAACUCCGGCAGUGACGGUUGAAGCAGGUGCGACCGAGGUGUAUAUUGGUAUGCUCAACAUCAAAGCUGCUUUAUUCGCUCUCGCUUCGAUUAAAUCUUGCCUAAAGGACAGGAGGACUGGAACUACCAAAGAAAAGGAACGUCAUAAACGGGGUACUACAAUUAAACUCCAGCUUGAGCAGCUAGUUUUUCAUCUUGAAGAGCAGAUGCACGUUGAGGACUCGACUGUUUCUGAUCCGAAGAAAGUCAACUUUGGUAGCCAGGGGGGGAUAGUGAUCAUCACAAAGCAGGAGGAUAAUCUGCGGACUGCCCGGGUCAAGCCCGUAGCCUUCAAUCAAACAAGUUCGUCGGGAGUGAAGCAGAAGCUGACCGUCACCUUCUCUCUCAUCGUCGUUUCUCUCGAUCGCGAGAAGAAAACUACACUUCUGGAGCUUGAAAGUGGUCGAAUGCUUUACGAGGAAGUAGGCGCAGAUGAGAAAAACGUCGCCGAAAAGACGCUGCUGGCAAUGCACGCUGUCAAGCUUAUUCACAGGCCUGCGAAGCUAGCGAACGACGUCGUCAUGCACUUCCUUCUGAGUGCACGGAAUGUUUCACUCCACUGGGAUCCAGACGUGCACUUGUUUUUCUACCAGCUGAGCCUCGGGGUGAAAGAGUUAUUGCGCAAUCGUGGCGCUGCCAAGAAUCCCAAGAAGGCUGCUACUUCGAAGUCCAAAGCUUAUUAUGCCGUCGACAUCGAAGACAUGAACAUCAAUGCUGAACUGGCUGAUGGAGUUGAAGGUUCGGUUCAUAUACAAUCUCUUUUCUCUGAGGAUGCGGUUGUGGGGAUGCUCUUUGAGACCGUGGAAGUAGCUUUCAACAAAGCUGCUGUAGCCAGGAUUGAUCGACUCCAGGUUUCGCGAGUACCAUCACUACUUCAAGAGCAGGAUAUGUCGAGGGGAAGACAGCUUUGGGAUAUCGUUAUACACGGGGCUGGCGUACUUAUUAUUAUGCCAUACAGGUUACCUCUUCGUGCUAUCGAUGACGCUGUUGAGGACACUUGGAGAGGCUUGAAACUUGCAAUGGUUGCAAAGAGAAUCUCGAUGCGUCGGACGAGUAUGCCAGAAUUUUCGAAACCAAAGGACAGGCCUUCGUUCCAACUGCAUUCUAUGAAGCUUCACGUCCGCGGUAUAAAAGCAGAGAUAGAAGAAGAACCUCUCCAAGGUUGGUUAGACGAGCAUCAUCUUCUUCUUCAACAGCAGUGCCGUGUACUUCUCGUUCGGGAAAAGCUUCUGGAAGAGUCGUAUGCAAAAGUACAACUUACGAAGCAGGAAAAGCGGAAAAUGUGGGAGCAGCUGCAGGAACAAUCAUUUCAGGAAUAUAGGCGGGCUUGUUCCAAGCUCAUUCCUAGUCGAGGGUCAGGGGCUUGUGGCACAGGAUUUCAAGCGAAGUUCAGAACAAGUGUCAGGAGAGCUUCCUUGAUGUCUAUUUCGGCAGAAACUCUGGAUUUCACGCUGACGAGAAUCAAAGGAGGCAGAUCUGGAAUGAUUGAAGCCAUACGGAGACUUGACUGCGUGCAGCCGGACGUGCAAGUUCCAUUUUCAAGACUCUAUGGCGGGCACGUUAUAUUCGGAAUGACAUCACUUGCGAUCUGUCUUCGAGAUUAUACGCCUAUGCUUUCGGCAUCUUCUGGAAGGUGCGAAGGGAUCGCCAUCUUUGCUCAGCAGGCAACAUGUUUCCAGAAGCAGAUGGUGCAACACCUAUAUGUCGGCCGAUGGAGAGCUGUGGAGAUGCUGCGUUCCAUGAGUGGCACGACGCCAUCGUAUAAGUUCUACAGCGAGCUGCCUAUUGAGAUUACUACAGCGAAAGUGUGUUACGGUGUCGGUUUUGAACCUGCCUUCGCCGACGUGAGCUAUGCCUUCACUGUUGCUCUACGGAGGUACAACCUCAGCGUGAGAGAGGAACUGGUACACAGACCCCCUCUCGUCAAAAAGGAGAAAAACUUGCCUUGGUGGGACGACAUGAGAUAUUACGUCCAUGGGUUCAACAGCAUCACCGUUUCCAAUUUCGAGUGGAAUUUUUUAGCGACAACGGAUCCUUACGAGACUCAGAACCGGAUGCAUAUGAUCUCGAGUACGAUGGUUAUCAGCCAGGCUGAAGGAUCGCUUUCAUUCCAGGGGGACAACUUUGAUAUGUACAUAUCCAGCUGGGAGGCACUGGAGAAACAGCACCAGUUCAUCCACGCUCCGGUCUUUCAACUCGUCAUUACUAUGGACUGGACUUGUGCAUCGGGUGCUCCUUUAUUUCAUUAUCUUCAUGCGUUUCCCAUCGAGCAGCGUUCGCGAGAACUAGUUUAUGAUCCGUUCCGCUCACUCUCCUUGUCGCUGAUAUGGAGUUUCUCUCUUCAAACUUAUGCUCCAAAAGGAGAGAGUGGGAUUAGCAUGAGGAGAAACAGGACAGGCCAGAAGUUUUCUUCGCCUUCACAGCUACCAGGUUCUUGUCGAGUCGACGUUCCUUAUAUGAACCUCAGCGCACAGGAUCUUAUGUGGGUGUUCAAGUGGUGGAAUCUUUACUACUCACCUCCACAUAAGCUGCGCUCAUUCUCAAGGUGGCCAAGGUUUGGGGUGGAAAGGCUACCGCGUUCAGGCAACUUGUCGCUCGAUAAAGUUCUGACCGAGUUCAUACUUAGAGUGGAUUCGACUCCAGCUUUUAUUCGUCACACGUCUGUAACAGACGAUGAUCCAGCCGAGGGGCUUACGUUCAGCAUGCAGAAGCUACGUUACGAACUUUGCUACAGUCGGGGGCUUCAGAGGUAUACCUUUGAAACCAAGCGUGAUAUCCUCGAUCUAGUCUAUCAGGGACUGGACGUCCAUUUGCUGAAGACCAAGCUCAAGGCCCUUUCCGACUCUGAGAAUGGUAUUCACAGCAGUGCUCACUCUGAUAAGCUGAAGGAAGAUGGUUUUCUUCUUUCUACGGAUUGCUUUACAUUAAGGAGGCAGUCUCCGAAAGCGGACACCGCACGGCUUUCUCCUUGGAGAGAAAACGUUCAAGUUCGUGGGUCUGGUCACUACAGGCUUUCCGAUAGUGAAAAUGAUCCUCCCGAUGCAACGUCCUCAGAUCCAAGUGACGACGAUGGCCUCAAUGCAGUGCUGGCGGACAACUGUCUCAGAGUUUCUUUGUACAGCCUCAAGCUGUUUUGGACCGUGUGCAAUCGGGAUGCUGUAUGGGCUUGGGUAGGAGAUAUCUCCAAAGCUUUUGAAGCACCGAAGCCGUCACCGUCCAGGCAAUAUGCUCAACGCAAGCUGGUGGAGGAGAAGCAAAAGGCUACUGUUCUUGCUGAGCAGGGUGCAAAAGCUAUAAGCUCUGCCCCAUCUCAAGAGAUGCUACGUUCAAGGCUAAAGGAAAAUGUUGAGGAAGAAGAAACGCUGCAGUUUAUGGUCAACGUCAUUCAGCCUCAGUUUAAUCUUCACUCAGAAGACGCACAUGGUCGAUUUCUUCUUGCAGCCGCAAGUGGUCGAGUAUUAGCACGCUCUUUUCAUUCAACAUUCUACGUAGGUCUUGAGGAGCUCCUUCAGCAGGCUCUUGGACCUGCUUCAUUUUCAACUCUUGGAAGCAUUCCUGAACUGUCUUGGAAACGUCGGGAGCUGUCAGUACUGCUAGAACAUGUGCAGGCUCAUGUCGCACCAACGGAUGUCGACCCUGGUGCAGGCAUUCAAUGGUUACCGCGAAUUCCCAGAGGAGCAGUAAAGGUCAAGCGGACAGGUGCUUUACUUGAGCGCGUUUUUCUUCCGUGCUCUAUGUAUUUUCAAUAUAUUCGCCACAAAGGAGGAUCGACGGAUUGCAAAGCAAAGGCUCUAAAGGACCUUUCUUUCAAUUCUCCCAACAUUACAGCUACGAUGACCUCUCGUCAGUUCCAUAUCAUGGUGGAUGUUUUAAGCAGCCUUCUCUUUGCGACGCUUCCAAAGCCGCGUAAACGUGAAGAGGAAGAGGACGUGGUAGAAGAGGCAGACGAAGUAGUACCGGAAGGUGUAGAGGAAGUAGAGCUUGCUAGAAUCAAACUCGAACAAGCAGACAGAGACAUGAAGCUCAUAUCGGAUGAUUUAAAAAUCAUUAGGCUGCGAUGGCGCACUGCAGCAGACGGAGGAGCAAGUCCGGACCAACUUUCGUUAAAAGAAUCUCCAGAGAACUCGUUGAACAGAGCCUUGACUACGUCCGGCCUUGUACGGAAGCUGGAGUCUGAAUUAGUUUUUAAAAAGAAGGAAAGGAAAGUAGCUUACACUUCAGUAAGAUCUGCAAUGCACAGGGCAGCGCAACAGGAGAGGGAAAAGAACAAAAUCCCCUCUGCUGCAAUGCGAAUAUCUUGGGCUAUUGACAAGGUUGUUUGGAGCAUGUUAUCCGAUGGUGAUACGUUUGCUGAAGCCGAGAUAAGCAGCAUGAUAUUGAAUGUUGACAGAGAUUUCAACAACGUCGGUGUUGCACGUUUCACUACCAAGUCGUUUGUUGUCAAGAAUUGUGUCCGUCUUGCGAAAUCAAAUGUGCUGUCCGCGUGGAAUCCACCAGCUGAAUGGGGAAGGAAUGUUAUGCUUCGCGUAGACGCCAAACAAGGACCUCCAAGAGAGGGACUUUCACUACUCGAAAUGUUUCAGGUAGAAAUCUACCCGCUUAGGAUCCAUCUGACUGAAGUAAUGUAUACGAUGAUGUGGGAGUACUUCUUCCCUGGCGACGAACAAGAUCCGCAAAAGCGACAGGAGGUAUGGAACUCCGGAACAAAGCGCAGCAAGAAAGGAGUUGCUGUCUUUGAGUCUACGAAGGAACCGUCCGUAUCGAAAACCAGUGCUCCUGGAACUCCUCCUACGCUUCACGGUGGUCAAGCACUACAACGAUCGACUGCUCAGGCAAGAAGACUAAGUUCAGCGAAUGGCCUCCAUUCACAAUGCUCUUUCUGCUCACCUCUCAAUCAGUCAAAGAAUUUAUUGGAACACCAACGCUCGGCGUCACUUGACAAGUUCUGGGGUGAGAAGGAUACGGAGGGGUUUACAAGCGAGCUUGUCCUUUUCUCAAACUCAAACGCAGCUGCCUCGGAUGACGCUCUAGCGGCAACCAGUGCCGUUGUCGAGGUUGAUAUAACCAAGUCCAAGGACGCACGUAAAGCUCGAACUGGCAAAGCCCCUCAAGAAGACAAAAAGGAGGCCAAGAGCCGAAAGAUUUUCCUGGAGAUACAUAACAUCAAAAUCAGCCAGGUGGAGCUCCUCGUCACAUACGAAGGAUCGAAGAUCUCCGUCAGUGAGCUGAGGCUAUUGAUGGACAUGUUCACGAGGACCGAAUUCACUGGCUCUUGGCGUCGGCUGUUUUCUAGCGUGAAGAAACAUAUCAUCUGGGGUGUCUUGAAGUCUGUCACCGGAAUGCAGGGAAAGAAAUUCAAGGAUAAGAUGCAAGCCCAAGCCCGCGAGCCGUUCCAAGACAGCGAUUCAAACUCGAGUGACAGCGGCAUCACGUCAAAGAUCAGCACCAAGGAACGCUUUCCCAUUCCCAUUCCCCAUUUUUCAAGCGCCGGGGAGGGGUUCGUGUCCUCCAUACGGGGGCUAUUCAACUCCCAGAGGAAGAACAUGGUGCGCAAGAUACGAGGAGAGGAGAAUCAACACGAGUGGAGCGACGGCGAGCUGGCCUCUCGAGCAACACACAAGGGGAAGACGAAGCUCCUGCGCAGGCACUCGAAGAAGCGCGCUAGCAUAUCCAAAGGUUCUAUCAUUCUGGGAGAAAGGUACUGCCCGUCUCCUCGAGCAUCGUCGUCACCGUAUCACAGCGAUGGCGAGGCCUCCAGCGGUGGUUCCUCCACGUACGAGGAUUUUGAUACGUCUUAGCGGCCUUCAAACAAGAUAGGAUCCCGAGAGCUAGCAACUGUAAACAUAUUCGUAAAUACAUUGGAAAUAAUUAAUCCAGGGAUAGGGUUUAUGAUUA